GUUUACAGCAGCGGCCGGAAGUUCUGUGUGAAGACAGGAACAACAAAGAGGAGAAAGCGCCCGGGUUUUAAACCUGCUUGAGAACACACCAGAACACAAAAUCAAGGAAAUUAGCUAUCGUCCACAGUAGGGCAAAAGAAUUUGGGUUGCAUGUGAGGACAAGUGUCUGCCGAGCCAACCAUGGCGAACAAUGCAGGCGAUAUUGAAAACAAUAUGGACCAACAGGAGACCAACGUGGCCUCUGAACCCCCCCAGCAGCCACAGGAGGCUCCGGUGACCAGGGCACGGUCCAGAGGAGGCUCAGGAGCUGGAGGUGGAGGAGGUGAUGGAGGAGGAGGAGGAGGCGGCGGCGGCAAUGGCAGUGGACCAGAGCAGAACGGACAGCCCCCCGCUGCCCGGCCUCCACGUGUGGUGGAGACUGAGGAGGACGAGGACGAAGAGCUUACCUUGAAAUACGGGGCCAAGAACGUCAUCAUGCUGUUCGUUCCUGUGACUCUCUGCAUGGUGGUUGUCGUGGCGACCAUAAAGUCCGUCAGCUUCUACACGCAGAAUGACGGGCAGAGAUUGAUCUACACUCCGUUUCCUGAAGACACAGACACAGUCGGACAGAGAGCUCUCAACUCCAUCCUGAACGCCACCAUCAUGAUCACUGUGAUUAUCGUUAUGACUUUGGUGCUGGUGCUGUUAUACAAGUACCGCUGCUACAAGGUGAUCCAAGGCUGGCUCUUCCUCUCCUCCCUCCUCCUGCUGUUCUUCUUCUCCUACAUCUACCUCAAGGAGGUUUUCAAGACCUACAACGUGGCCAUGGACUACUUCACGCUGGCGAUCAUAAUCUGGAAUUUCGGAGUGGUGGGCAUGAUGUGUAUUCACUGGAAAGGACCGCUGCGGCUCCAGCAGGCCUACCUCAUCAUGAUCAGCGCCCUCAUGGCCCUGGUUUUCAUCAAGUACCUGCCAGAGUGGACCGCCUGGCUCAUAUUAGCCGUUAUAUCUGUCUACGAUCUGUUAGCGGUGCUCUGUCCCAAAGGGCCCCUGAGGAUCCUGGUGGAGACGGCUCAGGAGAGGAACGAGCCCAUCUUUCCCGCUCUCAUUUACUCCUCUACGAUGGUGUGGCUGGUCAACAUGGCCGACACUGACAGGCCAAAAAGGAACUCAACAGAAGCGGCGUCCCCCCAACAAGAGGCUCCAGAAGCUGUGGCGUCCCCGGCUCCCUCCACUCUGUCUCAGGACGACGGCGGCUUCACCCCCUCCUGGGUCAACCAGCAGGAGCACCAGCUGGGACCGCUCCAGUCCACCGAGGCGACCCGACGGGAGAUCCAGGAGAUGCCGUCUGCUCGUCCUCCUGUCGAUGACGACGAUGAGGAGAGGGGCGUCAAACUGGGACUGGGAGACUUCAUCUUCUACAGCAUGCUGGUGGGAAAGGCCUCGGCCACAGCCAGCGGUGACUGGAACACCACGCUCGCCUGCUUCGUAGCCAUCCUCAUUGGCUUGUGUCUGACCCUGCUCCUCCUCGCCAUCUUCAAGAAAGCACUCCCCGCUCUGCCCAUCUCCAUUUUUUUCGGCCUGGUCUUCUACUUCGCCACAGACAACUUGGUGCAGCCCUUCAUGGACAAGCUGGCGCUACACCAGUUCUACAUUUAGCAGGACGCUGCCCUGAUAACCCUCACCCACAUAGCCCUCCGGCCAACAACACGAGAGCGGUCCCCUCACAGCCGCGGGAACAAAAGGGCGAUGCAGGGGCCCCUCCCGCCCCCACGUCCCCUCAUAAGAACUCAUGAUGACGGGACACAAGUUGUUUUUGUUCUGCCUUUCUUUCCGGCGCCAAGGGAGGGUAUUCCCCACUCCUCUUAUAUAUUUUAUUUUUAGUUUUAAACCAAGAAGUGACAUUUCUCGCUCGACUUGGGAUCAUCUUCUCACCAGUCUCAGGCUCGAUCCAAACUAGGAGAAGUUAGUGGGAAUAUUUAAUUUAUCCAGGGAGGCUUCUCAGCAGCGUCCCUGCUUCGCAUCCACACACAUUCAUAACUGGGAGCUUCCCAAUACAACCAGUCCUCCACAGUAGGUGCCUUGCUCAGGGACACCUUGGCGGUAGCUGUUGAGCGAAGGGAGUCAGUUUCAUCAGAUCUCCCUUCAGACUUUGAUCAAACAUUUUCAUUUUUACGACAUCUGAGCCCUUUGCAAACUAAACCCAACGUUGAAAAGCCUUCAUCUAACUAACAGACACUCUGAUGAUAUUGAUAAUAGAUUGGUAAAUGUGUUUGAUUGUGUACGAGCUGUCAGUCACCAGAUGUGCUUUCCUCACCGCUGUUCAGAAUGAUUUCGUUUUCCCACUUGAGACACAAAAAAAAAUUCAAAGCUCUGAAGCUGGAGCGACUCAUGCCCUGGAAGAUUUACACUUUUUGAAUCUUUCUCACAUGACAAAGAAAAUUUAAUGUCUCUAGAGUUAAAAUAUAUGAGUAUAAUUAUUGCACUCACUUGUUUUCCUGCCCUUAAAGGAGGAGUUCAGUUUUUUUCAGGGUUGUCAGAGAUUUUUUUUUCAUAGUCAGUGGAUUACAUGCAGCGGGUAACAUGACGUGAAAGUUUUGGAAAAGUCAUGGAAUUGUUGUCAAGGACCAUAUUUGAAAAUCCAACAAUAAUUUCUGUUUUUUCAUUUUCAGUUGAUGAUGAAUGAUUUAAUUGCUUGAUAUAACGUGCUUUGGAAGGCAUGUAUAAAAAAAUCACCAAUUUAAAAAAAAAAACAACAAAACAAAAACAAAAAUCAAAUCAAACAUUUUAAAGG